AUGCGUACCGCCGCCGCCGCAACCAGUGACCUGUACAAACACCGCGAGAUCCUGUACCUCCUCCGUGCGGGGGGUCGGUACAUCCUCGGCAGCCUCGCCCUCGUCAUGCUGUGGCAGGUGGUCACUCUCGUGGUCAAGCUCGAACGCACGAUUGUCCAAGACAGAUGGAGCGACAGCGCUGUGUUCGCGUUGGUGGCGUGCUACAUUGGAUGGAUCGUCGUGACCACUCUCGGCGGCGCCUGCGGACUGUACUCGUCUGUAUACUUGGACAUCCCAACCGCGUCGUGGUGCUUGCGGCGAUGGUGGCUCCUCAUCGCGUUCCAAGUCGUGGAAGGCGUUGUUCUGUUUGGCGUCCUGUGUGAAUCCUCGUGCUCUGUCGCGGUGUGGCAGGCCGGGUUUGAAUGGAACACCCUUUCCCUCCUGACCACGGAAAUCUUCUUUCUCGUGUACGUUUACUUGUACAUGCACAUCCUGCAAGCGUGCGCCGAGGUCGACCGACACGAUGAGGGCUCUGCCAUCGCAACUUGCUCGUCCAAGUUGAAUCAUGUCGUCAAGAACGUGCCUGCCAUCGCGUACGGCAGCACGUCCGUCGCCACCAUCCAAGUCUAG